CUCCCGGUUCUCCUCCCUGUCCCAGGCCUCUGUGGCCACUUCCAGGGGCUCCUUCUGUGAGGGGCAACAGCAGCACGCUGCCAGACGCCGCCAAGAGAUUAAUCAGUGACAGAAAGCUGCGUCUUUCGGAGCAGUGACCAGCUGUGGUCAGGACAACCUCUGCAAGGCCAGCCCUAGGAGUCUGUCCUGCUCACCCACCUGCUGCUGCUAUGGGGCACCUUGGGGCCCUCCUCUUCCUGCUGGCGGCCCUGGGGGCUCUCGCUGAUAUCUGCAACAUACCAGAGGUGGACCACAACCUAGUGCAGAGUCUAGGCCAGCACCUCUUGCCCUGGAUGGACCAGCUCUCUGUGGAACAUCUGAACCCCAGUAUCUAUGUGGGCCUGCGCCUCUCCAGCAUGGAGGCUGGCACCAAGGAGGUCCUCUACCUACACAGCCUCAAGCUUGAUUACCAGCAGAGCCUCCUGAGCGAUGACAACAGUGACCUCCCAACCAAGCCAUCCAUGGGCCAGCUGGCUCUCUACAUGCUUGCUCUCAAGGCCAACUGCGAGUUUGUUGGAGGUCACAAGGGAGACAGGCUGGUCUCACAGUUGAAACGGUUCCUGGAGGAUGAGAAGAGGACCAUUGGGCACAAUCACAAGGGCUACCCGCACUCCAGCUACUACCAGUACAGCCUGAGCAUCCUGGCCUUGUGUGUCCACCAGAAGCGGGUCCAUGACAGUGUGGUUGGCAAGCUUCUGUAUGCUGUAGAACAUGACCACCAUCUCCUCCAGGGCCACCUCUCUGUGGACACAGAGGCCAUGGCGGGCUUGGCCUUCACCUGUCUAGAGCGCUCCAACCUCAACCCCAAUCUGAGAAACAGGAUCACCCUAGCCAUCAGGAUAGUGCAAGAGAAGAUCCUGAAGGCUCAGACCCCAGAGGGCUACUUUGGGAAUGUCUACAGCACCCCUCUGGCACUGCAGUUGUUGAUGACCUCCCCUGUGCCUGGAGUGGAGCUAGGCACAGCAUGCUUCAAUGCAAGGGCUGCUCUGUUGACCAGUCUGCAGGAUGGUGCUUUCCAGAAUGUUCUCAUGAUUUCCCAGCUACUGCCUGUCCUAAACCACAAGAGCUAUGUGGAUCUCAUCUCCCCAGACUGCCUGGCACCAAGAGUCAUGUUGGAACCAGCUACAGUGCCCCCCUCACCAGGUCAAGUCUCAGAGGACAUCUAUGUCUUGCUGAAGGUCCCCAGUGUCUGGCCACCAUACAGACACACCAUCUCUGUCCCUGCUGGGUCCUCCUUGGAAGAUGUCCUGAAGAAGGCCCAGGAGCUUGGAGAAUUCAUGUAUGAAACAGAAGCCUCCUUGUCAGGCCCUUACCUGACCUCUGUGAUGGGGAAAAAGGCAGGGGAACGUGAGUUCUGGCAGCUUAUCCAAGCCCCUGACAUUCCGUUGCAGCAAGGCAUUGCUGACUACAGACCCCAGAAUGGAGAAACCAUCGAGCUGAGGCUGGUUGUCUGGUAGCCACCCAGCUCACCUACCCCAGCUGCCUUGAACAAUCUCUGUACCUCUACCCUACAUCCAGACGUCCCUGUCACAGUCACAUGCCUGACCCUGCUGCCACCUCAUGUGCACUUGGAGGAAUGUCCCCAGAUCACGCAACCACCACCCUGUAGGGCUCCUAAGCCACUGCCUACCUGGGAGUAGGGAGCCAAGCACCUUCCCUGGGAUGUCUGUCUGCCUGGGUCUGGCCUAGCCUGGACCUGCAGGCAUCCGGUGAAGGCCAGUGUUAGUGUGAAUGAAAGCAUGAAGCAUUUCCGACUCCUUAGCACAGAAGUCCGCUGGCCACUGGCAUUGUGAGUACCGCCCACUCUGGGAUUGGGGUGCUACAAGGAGACCUGUGGAGCCAGGAGCUGCAUCCCUGAGCCCAGCUGUCCAGUCCACUGUCAGAGGCGGCCCCAGAGCUAGCUGUGCUAUAGCAGCUGGUGAGGGCCCUGCAGGGCUGGUCAAAGCCUACCUUCGAAAUGAUUAAAGUGUUGAUGAUGCACAUGCCCUAGCGUCCUGAU